AGAUCUUCAAGGGAAGACACACAGAUUCCAUCUCACCCUCUUCCCAUUUUCCUCUUGCUUCCUACAGAAAAUUUCCAAAGUGCACCUUUCUUUGAAAAAGAAUGUGCUCUGCAGCCCUCUGUGCCUGGGCUGAGGAAUGCCAUGCCCUUAGCAGGAAGUGUGUGCAACUUCUCCAGGGUCUCCACCCCAGCUGUGAGUGCAACAUGGCUCCUGCCAUCAGACUCCAGCACUGGUUGCCAGCAGCUCAUGGACAGUGCCUACCCCUACCUACCAAAACUCAGGCAACAGGGGGAAUUUGACACUAAAGAGUGGGGAGCACCUCACUUACCAGGCACUGACUUCUUCCUUGACCCUUUUUCAGUGGCGAAAAAGGAGACAACCCUGGGAUUGACAGCUGCAGGCCAGACACUCUGUCUGCUACAGAGUCCAGACCUCUGCAAUGCCAGCAUGCAGGAUGUUCAGAAGUCACUACCUGUCCAUGGGGACUGGUCAUUAACUGCCCCCAUAGACAGUCCUUCAGAAUUCCUGCCCUUGACUCCUGCCCCAAUCUUGAGGAACAGAGUCAAGGCAGAUGAAAACACCACCAUGCCAAAGAACCAGAGGAAGAGGAAUCCACCUGAGCUCAGCCACAACAGCUUUAAAAAGCCUCGAACUCACCUUGGCAUGCACAUGCUAGAAUCCGUGCAAGUCUUUCAUCCACUGGGGAAGAAGAGUGAGAAGAAAACUGGCAUCUCUUCCUCCCGUGCUCGGCUAAACUUCAGCAGCAACAAAGAUCCCAGGACAGGCCCAGCCACCACAUCACUUCUGGAUGUGCCAUGUAAUGGCCGAAGCCCUGGUAAAACCCCAAGCAAUGCUCAGAAAACAGAGAGAAAUCCUUACAGGGAGUGUCGUCCAUCUCCAUCCCAGUAUAAGCUGCCCCCACCUGGCAAGGUCAAGUUAGUACCUCUGCCUUUUCCAGUCCUGGACAUGCCACAAGCAAGACCUAUUUCUACAAAGCCUCUCUCCUGGGCUUCACACAGGGCCCCUGCACUGUACCCUGUGAGACCUCAUUCUAACUCAGCUCAGUCUACCACACUCAAGCCAUCUAAACCAGCUCCUGCCAGCACUUCUUUGAUGGCCUCUGACAAGCCAGUUUUGCCAAUUGCUACCAGUGCCACCCGAGAUAACAUAACCAACCCCAUCCAGUCUUGCACUGGGCCUCAGACAGCUGUCUGUAGGCCAGUAUCCUACAGGGCAUCAUCUCACCCUUCACUACAGAGGGAGCUUGCCUCUGCUGACAAGAACAAGGCCCCAUCACCUCCCAAACCUCAAAUCCAAAAUCUAAUGCAAGACUUCAGCCACCAACCAAUUCCAUGGAGGAAUGUCCACAUUGCAGGGCCAGUCAUCUCUCAGCCCAUCACAGAAGAGCAGAGGCCAGAGAGGGAGGCCAUGAAGAGGCGGGCUCAACAGGAGAGAGAAAAUGCCGCCAAGUACACCUCUCUGGGAAAACCGCACCUCUUCCUUCAGAGGGAGAAGGAUAUGGAAAUUUCCAGAUAUUUUGGCUAUGUCGUGUAAGGGCUGGCCUAGCAUUUGGAACACAGUAUUCUUCAAGAUAGAGAAGUGGUGCAAACGGAGACUUCCCUGGGAAUCACACCUCAAGACAGAGACUUCAUCAGCUGCAGAAUGGAACUCUGCUACUCCUACACCCUGGAUUACCAGAUGAGGACACCACCUGUUAAUGGGCACAAGUCAUGAACUACCCUCAACCACAACCUUCAGAAUUCCUGGCAUUGCCACAAGCUCCAUGCCUGGAAAAAACAGAGAAUGACAACCUGCAUGAGAUGGCAGCAAAUCUGUCAGUGCUUCUGGAUGCCUAUGAGUGCACGAAAGAACACCAAGACCCAUCUCUACUCUCUUUAACACACCCUGACAUGCAGCAUCCCUUGCAAUUCACUGAUGCUGGGAGCCUAGGGAGAAGCUUGCUUCUGACAAUGCCACAUUGGGAAGCAGCAGUCUUGGUCAGGAUGAGCCUGGGACAUGCACAGUGUGUUGGUCUCCAGCAUGGACUUUGCAGACAUGACUACACUGGUG